AUGGCUUCCUCGCCUUUAAUCGACGGCUUCGAGCGCCGCUUUUUGGCGGCGCGGCCUCUCCCGUCUUUCCCUUGGAGGAGCCUUGAAGAGAAAUUAAAGAAUUCAUUGGAUUCUGAGCUGCUGCUGAAUAUUUUGAAAAAGACUGUCCUACAUCCACUGUGUGUGAAACAUCCUCCAUCCGUGAAAUAUACUCAGUGCUUCCUCUCUGAGCUAAUUAAGAAGCAUGAAACUGCUCACACAGAGCCUUUGGAUGAGCUAUAUGAUGCAUUAGCAGAAAUUCUGUCUGCUGAGGAAUCCACCCAGUGCCACCGGAGUUAUUUGCUGCCCUCUGGAAAUUCAGUCUCACUCUCUGAAAGUACAGCAAUUAUUUCUCAGGGAACCACUGGCCUUGUCACCUGGGAUGCUGCUCUCUACCUUGCAGAAUGGGCCAUAGAAAACCCAGCAGCCUUCAGUAACAGGACUGUCUUGGAGCUAGGAAGUGGAGUUGGUUUUACAGGCCUGGCUAUUUGCAAGAUGUGCCAUCCCAAAGCAUAUGUCUUCAGCGAUUGUCACAGUCAGGUUCUUCAGCAGCUCAAAGGAAAUAUCCUCUUAAAUGGCUUCUUGCUAAAGCCAGAUUUCACAGCACCCCUGCAACCUUCAAACAAUACACCAGUCUCCCCCAAACCCACUGUGACUGCUGUUCAGCUGGAUUGGGACCUAGUUACUACAGAGCAACUCUCUGUCUUCCAGCCAGAUGUUGUCAUUGCAGCAGAUGUGCUAUAUGAUCCAGAAAUAAUCCUCUCCCUCAUUGGAGUGCUGCAAAAGCUCUCUGCUUGUCUAGAAGAUCAGAGAUCUCCAGAGAUAUAUAUUGCCUUCACUAUACGGAACCCUGACACUUACCAGUUAUUCAAAAUGGAGCUCAGCAGAGUUGGAAUUGGAUGGCAGAAACUUCCUAGUCACAAUCAGAAAUUGUUUCCAUAUGAAAAACAUUCAGAGAUGGUAAUUCUAAGAUUAUUGGUGUAAAUAUUUCAAGACUAAAGAAAAGAUUAGAUUAUUAUGAUGAGAAAUUUCUAUUUUUGAGAUUCCCAUAUAAAACUUGAAUUGUUGGAUCAAUUAUUUCUUUUGUAAUAGGAUGUUUGUUAAUUAAGAGUUGACUAGGAAAUAAGGUUGAUUGCAAUAAAUAAAUAUCAAAAUUUGAGAA